ACAUGUGUUUGUGGCGAUGCUGUUUGUUAUAAAAACCAGGAGUGCAGAUGAAUCUUAUUAACAUUUGAAAUAGUUUACAAAGCUGUAACUGUGGGUUCUUUGCAUUGUUUCAAACAAUAAAAUGCUGAAACAAAAGCAAAUCUGGAUUUUUGUACUGCUGUUUUUCUGCCAGCAUGAUAAGAGUCUGGCCAAUUGUCCAGAGCACCGUCACAGAUCUCUUUAUCCAGCAUCACAUUCUGUAGUUGCCUGUGACUCAGAGACCGCCCAUCUCAACUGUGAGAAUGGGCACAUUCAAGUGCUUUCAGCCAAUUAUGGACGUACAGACAGCAAAACCUGCUCUAGCGGACGACUGGCAAGCCAGAUCUCAAAUGUUCAGUGCACUCAGAGUUCAUCCCGAUGUGUGGUGGCCACUCAAUGUGAUGGAAAAAAGACUUGUUCUGUGCCUGCGGUUUACACAAUCUUUGGCGAUCCAUGUUAUGGGACCUUCAAAUACCUACAUGUGUCCUACACCUGUAUAAAAACAAAAUCUCUAGUUGCCUGUGACUCAGAGACUGCCAAUCUCAGCUGUAAGAAUGGACACAUUAAAGUGCUUUCAGCCAACUACGGACGUACAGACAGUCACACCUGCUCUACUGGAAGACCGGCAAACCAGCUCUCAAAUGUUCAGUGCAGAUCUGAGAUUUCAUCCAAAUGUGUGCUGACCACUCGAUGUAAUGGAAAACAGACUUGUUCUGUUCCUGCGGUUUACACAAUUUUUGGUGAUCCAUGUAUUGGAACCUACAAAUACCUGACUGUGUCCUACACCUGUGGCCCAAUCUAGGCACAGCCUCUUUGACUGAUCAGUGAAAACAUCUAAACACUUUCUACUUCUGUUUUCUUCAUGAAAUUUCUGAUAUUCAUGCCAUUUCAUACUGUGAUUUUCAAGUAAUUUAGUAUUGUAAUGCUACAAAUAUUGUGUAAUAUCUGAAAUCAGUGAAUGUUUGUCACAAUUUCUUUGAAUCAGUUUGGGGUAUCGGGGACCCAACCAUGCACCCUUUACUUAAUGCAAUUUUCUGUCUUUUUCUCAAAAGCAAAAAACCUUUUGUCUCGAGUUGACUGCAAUGUAUUAAAAAAGAAGAGCAUAAAUUUUGUGUAC